UUUCUUACUAUUUGAUUACUAAAUUUACUUUCAAACUUAAAGUUAAAAAUGAAAUCAACUCUAUUUGUUGCUUUAAUUGCUCUUGCAAUUUCAGGUUCAUUUGCAGUUUUACUCAAAGGUUCAUGUCCAAAACCAGAGAAACCCAAAGUUGAUAAUUGGGCCUUUUCAAAUCUUCUAGGAGACUGGAAGGUCUUAUAUCGAAGUGAGGAAACAGUUCCGAGAUCAGUCUGGAACACCCUUGAAAUUCAUCACCUUUACCCUGGAAAAGUCGUCAUGAUUGAGUAUGGCAAUGCUCGCGAUAGUGAUGUAAAGUCACUAUGGGACUUAUACAUGGACAUGACUGUUGGUGAUUUUGGUGGUAAAUCAUAUUACGAUGUUCUUACCAAUGAAUUCGAUCCCUACUCAUUCAACUUCACAACCUCAGGUAAACAAUGA